GCUAGGUAACGUAGUCCGCGCACGUAUUUUCAUUCAAGAAGCAUUUGAAUAAGGAAGAUGGCGGCUGCAGCUGUGGUUGAAUUUCAGAGAGCCCAGUCUCUCAUUAGCACGGAUCGCGACGCCUCUAUCGACAUUCUACAUUCAAUAGUGAGGAGAGAUGUCCAAGAGAACGAUGAGGAAGCUGUCAGGGUUAAAGAACAGAGCAUCCUGGAGCUGGGGACACUCCUGGCCAAGUCAGGACAGGCUGCAGAACUAGGGGGUCUGCUGAAAUUUGUGAGGCCUUUUCUGAUUUCCAUCAGCAAGGCUAAGGCGGCCCGGCUGGUCCGCUCUCUCCUGGACCUCUUUCUUGACAUGGAGGCAGCAACAGGGCAGGAGGUUGAGCUGUGUCUUGAAUGCAUUGAGUGGGCCAAGGCUGAGAAGAGAACCUUCCUUCGACAGGCUCUGGAGGGACGACUGAUUUCACUCUAUUUUGACACCAAAAGAUACCAGGAGGCCUUGGCGCUUGGCACCCAGUUGCUCCAGGAGCUGAAAAAGAUGGAUGACAAAGCUCUUCUGGUAGAGGUUCAGCUGCUUGAAAGUAAGACAUACCACGCUCUCAGUAACCUGCCCAAGGCCCGCGCAGCCCUCACCUCAGCCAGGACCACCGCCAACGGCAUUUACUGCCCUCCAAAGCUCCAGGCAGCUCUCGACAUGCAGUCAGGGAUCAUCCACGCAGCUGAGGAGAAGGACUGGAAGACGGCCUACUCCUACUUCUUUGAGGCCUUUGAGGGCUACGACUCCAUUGACAGCCCCAAAGCUGUCACAGCACUCAAAUACAUGCUCCUGUGCAAAAUUGUCCUCAACUCACCAGAGGAGGUUCAAGGCCUGAUCAGUGGAAAACUGGGCCUGCGACAUGCCGGCCGACAGACGGAUGCAUUGAAAUGUGUUGCCCAAGCCUGCAAGAACCGAUCAUUAGCAGACUUUGAAAAGGCCCUAACAGAGUACAGAGCAGAACUGAGGGAUGAUCCCAUCAUCAACACUCACCUGGCCACGCUGUACGACAACCUGCUGGAACAAAACCUCAUCCGCGUCAUCGAACCGUUUUCCAGAGCGCAGAUAGAACACAUAUCGGGUCUAAUGAAACUGUCUAAGGGGGAUGUUGAGAGGAAAUUAUCACAGAUGAUUCUGGACAAAAAGUUUCACGGAAUCCUUGACCAGGGUGAAGGUGUCCUGAUCAUUUUCGAGGAGCCCCCAGUGGACAAAACAUACGAAGCAGCCUUGGAAACAAUUCAGAACAUGAGCAAAGUUGUGGAUUCACUUUACAACAAAGCCAAGAAGUUGACAUAGAGCAGAUUGCCACGGCAGUGUGAUGGAGGAACUGUGUGUUUGACCAGCGUGUGUAACAUUUUAAGAAGGGGACAAGGGAGAGCAGCAAAAAGUCCCACAAACUGCAACAAACAGGAUUCCCCCAUCAAACUCCCCCCUCAUUUCCCUUAAUGGACAAUUUCAUCACUUCUCUUGUUUAUUUUAUCCUCUUUAAUUUUGAUAUCUCUUCAGGAUUCUGCAAACACUCAGCGGCCAAAUCAGGCCAUCAGGGAAUAUUGUACAACCACAAUAAAAAGAAUAAAAGGUUUAAGAAUUCAUAUGUUUAUAUCUGCUAUAAGGUCGGGCUUACCAAGCUUUAAGCUGACUCCACGGCAACCUCUAAGGUGCAACAUUGACCUCUGCGGCCUCGGACUCUGCUACCUAUCUUGUAAGCAGAAACGAGGCUUUCUCUUGUCCAUAUCUUUCAAAAGCACACGGUUUAGUUUUUGGAAGGUUGGGAUACUCCUUGGGAUACUGAAUAGUUGUUGAAUAGCACCCUCUAACUCUCAUUUCUUUUUCCUCACCAUAUCAAUGCCAACAGUUAAGUCCCCACUGUAUUUCACAUAUGUAUUAAACUCACUUUAUUUGUUUUGGGUUUUGUGUUUUUGUUU